AUGACGGAGCAUAAAGACAUUGUAGACGUGGACGGUGGUGAAACAUGGGAAGAUUGGGUCGACGAUGACUCGUCCACCAGCUUUGACUGUAUGUUCUGUGCCAGCAAGUUUACGAUCGAAGCGCCGUUGCAUGCGCAUCUCCAGGAGACGCACAACUUUUCAUUGCACCAAGAAAUUUUAACUCGGAAGCUAAAUACGUACGCUACCAUUCAACUUAUCAACUUUCUGCGGAGAAGCACGCUAGACGGAGUUACACCUGAACAGGUUAUGCAGACGUUGGUCACGGAAGGAAACGCUGCCUUCCUGAAGGACGAGUUCCUCAAGCCCGUGGUGGCGGACGACCCGCUACUGUACUGUCUAGACUGCAUGGACAGCGACAACAGCGAUGACGACACGGACAAUGCUGGUGAGAGUCACAAGAAUGAAAACGUGGUUGCUGUUGCUGGUGCCGACAACGCUAGCGUGUUAAUGGAUAAGCUGCGACUAGAGAAUCAGGAGCUCAAGCAGCAAAUGUCCAACUACUUGAAACUUGUCCGUAGCUUUGUCGUCGAUGGCGAAAGUGCCUCUCCUGUUGAGGACGCUGCGGACAAUGACACGUACUACUUUGACUCGUACUCGCAGGUGGGUAUUCAUCGUGAGAUGAUCACAGACAGGGUCCGAACUGAUGGCUACCGGAAUGCUAUACUCAACAACCCAGAGGUGUUUCAGGGCAAGGUGGUGCUAGACGUUGGCUGCGGCACAGGUAUUUUGAGCAUGUUUGCGGCUCAGGCGGGCGCUGCAAAGGUCAUUGGCAUCGAUCGCAGCGAGAUGGGAGACGUGGCUCGCGAGAUUGUAGCAGUGAAUGGAUUCGGCGACGUCAUUACCAUUCUUCGUGGCAAAGUGGAAGACAUGGACCUGCCCGUUGACAAAGUGGAUAUCAUUGUCUCAGAGUGGAUGGGCUAUUGUCUUCUGUACGAAUCCAUGCUGGACACGGUACUAUUCGCACGUGAUAAGUGGCUUGCCCCGGGUGGUCAUCUAUUUCCUGACAAGUGCUCGAUGUUCAUCCAAGGUAUGGAGGACUCGACACAGCGCUUUAACUUCUGGGACAACGUGUACAGCUUUAAUAUGCAGCCCAUAAAGUCCAAGAUCUCAAUCCGCGACGCGUUUGUAGAAGACGUGCGGUCGAAUGAUAUUAUUACAAGUCGCGAGCUGCUGCAGAAGAUCGAUAUCGAUCACGUCACGUAUGAUGAGCUAGACUUCCACUCGACCUUCACGCUGUCCGUCACGAGGGAUGCGACCAUGCACGGGUUUGUGUCCAGCUUUGACAUUGGUUUUGAGCGUAGUUGCUCGCAUCCUGAGUAUUUUACCACGGGAGCCGAAGGUAUCCCGACGCACUGGCACCAGGUCUUUUUCCAUGUCCCUAAGCCAUUUGUCGUCAAGAAGGGAGACGUGAUUGAUGGUAAGUGGUGGGUGCGGCGGAACGCUGAGAAUCCACGCUUACUCGACAUUGAGGUUCAGUGGAAGGAGACAAAAGACGGUGAGUUCCUUAUCCAGCGGUACCGCAUUCACUAG